AUGAGGAGGAGUCCGAUAUGGCUCUUAUGGGUCAUGACUCUUCUUCUGAUGUCUGCUCAUCUAAUUGGAGCUAACGUACAAGACAAGAAUGACCCAACUGGAAAAUCUUCACUCGCCUUCGUCUUUGACAUCACUGGAUCCAUGUUUGACGACUUGGUACAGGUCAGAGAAGGAGCUGCCAAAAUCUUCAAAACCGUGAUGGCCCAAAGAGAGAAACUGAUUUACAACUACAUUAUGGUUCCAUUCCACGAUCCAUACUUGGGAGAAAUCAUCAAUACCACCGACUCGACAUACUUUAUGCGACAACUCAGCAAAGUAUACGUUCACGGAGGUGGUGACUGUCCUGAGAAGACGUUGACAGGAAUUCUGAAAGCUCUGGAAAUAUCGUUGCCAUCAUCUUUUAUCUACGUUUUCACUGAUGCUCGCUCAAAGGAUUAUCACUUGGAAGAUGAAGUUCUUAAUAUCAUUCAAGAAAAGCAAUCUUCUGUGGUAUUCGUGAUGACGGGAGAUUGUGGUAACCGAACUCAUCCAGGAUUCCGUACCUAUGAACGAAUUGCCGCCGCUUCUUUUGGACAAGUUUUCCAUUUGGAGAAAAGUGACGUCAGCACAGUUUUGGAAUACGUGAGGCAUGCUGUGAAACAGAAGAAAGUUCACAUGAUGUAUGAAGCACGUGAACGUGGAGGAGUAACAGUGAGAACGAUCCCAGUCGACAAACAUCUCUCAGAACUCACUAUUUCACUUUCUGGAGAUAAAGAUGACUCGGACAACUUAGAUAUUGUGUUGAAAGACCCGGAAGGUAGAACACUGGACAAACGGAUGUACAGCAAAGAAGGGGGAACGAUUGAUUUGAAGAACGUCAAGCUGAUUCGUCUGAAAGAACCAACUCCAGGAGUAUGGACAGUGACUACCAAUUCAAGACUGAAGCAUACAAUUCGUGUGUUUGGACAUGGUGCUGUAGACUUUAAAUAUGGAUUCGCUUCUCGCCCACUAGAUCGCAUUGAGUUGGCUCGUCCUAGACCAAUCUUGAAUCAAAAUUCGUACUUGUUGGUGAACAUGACCGGACUUCUGCCACCAGGAACUGUUGGGGAAAUCGAUCUUGUUGAUUAUCAUGGUCACAGUCUGUACAAAGCAGUUGCAUCUCCUCAUCGCUCCAAUCCUCACAUGUAUUUUGCCGGACCAUUCAUUCCACCAAAAGGAUUGUUCUUCGUGAGAGUCAAGGGAUACGACGAGGACAACUUCGAAUUCCUCCGUAUUGCACCAACGGCUAUCGGAAGUGUGAUUGUCGGAGGGCCUCGCGCUUUCCUAGCUCCAAUCCAUCAGGAAUUCGUUGGAAAAGAUCUAAAUUUGUCGUGUACUGUUGAAAGUGCAUCACCUUACACUAUUCAUUGGGUUAAAGGAGAAGAGGAAAUUCUCGGAGGACCACUUUUCUAUCACAACACCGAUACCUCUGUCUGGACUAUUCCUGAACUUUCUUUAAAAGAUGCCGGAGAAUAUCAAUGUCGUGUCACUUCUGACAAUGGAAAUUACACCGUCAAAACACGUGUAGAAGUCCGUGAAUCCCCUCCACAAAUCGUCGGAGCUCGUAAUGAAACCGUUCCACUCGGAAAUACAGCAUUCUUGCAUUGUCCAACCCGUUCAGCUGGAGAAGUAGAAAUUAGAUGGACCAGAUUUGGCUCUACUGUUUUCAAUGGGCCAAACACGGAAAAAUUGGCAAAUGGAACACUGAAAAUCCAUCAUGUGACACGUUCGGAUUCUGGAAUUUACGAGUGUUUGGCUAGAAAUGCGGGAGGAAUGAGCACACAAAAAAUAAUGUUAGAAAUCAUGGAGCCGCCAUCAGUCAAAAUCCAUCAGAAAGAAACGUAUUACGUGAUUGGAGACAAUGUUAACAUCACUUGUGAAGGAUUCGGAGACCCAAAACCAGAAAUAUAUUGGUACUUUAGAGAUUACCGAGUCACUACUGACCACAGAACCGAGGCCGACUCGUUGACAAACUUCCUAUACAUCCGAGAAGCUGUACCACAAGAUCAAGGAUCAUAUGAAUGUCGUGCGAUGAGUCCUGCUGGACAAGCCUGGGAUACCGCCGAUUUGAUUCUCGCAACAACACCAAAAGUUGAAAUCAUUCAAAACAAAAUGAUGGUUGGACGCGGAGAUCGAGUUUCGUUUGAAUGCAAGACUCUUAGUGGAAAACCAACACCAAAAAUCAGAUGGUUCAAGAAUGGAAGAGAUCUCAUUAAGACUGAUGACUUUAUCCGAGUGAACGACGGACAAUUGCACAUUUUGGGAGCCAAGGAUGAAGAUGCUGGUGCAUAUUCAUGUGUCGGAGAGAACAUUGCCGGAAAAGAUGUGCAAGUUGCUAACUUGUCUGUUGGAAGAGUCCCAACUAUCAUUGAAUCCCCACAUACCGUCCGAGUCAACAUCGAAAGACCAGUAACCCUACAAUGUCUUGCUGUUGGAAUCCCACCGCCGGAAAUCGAAUGGCAGCGAUCUGGAAUCACCAUCGGACCAGAGAGCAAUUCAAGAUACACCCAACUAGCUGAUGGAAAUCUUCAUAUUGCUGAAGCUCAAAUUGAAGAUCAAGGACAAUUCACUUGUGUGGCAAAGAACACCUACGGACAACAAUCUCAAACUACUACUUUGAUGGUCACCGGAUUGGUAUCACCAGUUUUAGGACAUGUUCCACCAGAAGAGCAGUUGAUUGAAGGACAAGAUUUGACUCUUUCUUGUGUCGUUGUGUUGGGAACACCAAAACCGUCAAUUGUAUGGUUGAAGGAUAACCAACCAAUUCAAGAAGGAUCUUCCGUAAUUGUUGAGGGUGGUGGCUCGUUGCUCCGUUUGCGUGGUGGAAACCCGAAAGAUGAAGGAAAAUAUACUUGCAUCGCCGUCUCACCAGCAGGAAAUAGUACCCUGAACAUCAACGUUCAAUUAAUAAGAAAGCCAGAGUUCGUGUUCAACUUGGACCAAGGAAACGUGAAGAAGCCGACUAUCCCGGGAUUGGACGACAAACAUGUGGCAACUGUCAAUACCACUCAUGAUGUGCUUGAUGGAGACAGUUUUGCAAUCCCAUGUGCCGCUUCCGGUACACCACCACCGACCAUUACUUGGUACUUGGAUGGAAGACCAAUUACACCAAACAACAAAGAUUUCUCCGUGAUGCCUGACAACACUCUGAUCGUUCGAAAAGCGGAUAAGUCGUACUCGGGAGUGUACACGUGCCAAGCAACCAACAGCGCUGGAGAAAACGAGCAGAAGACAACUAUCCGAAUCAUGAGCACACCAGUCAUCUCACCGGGACAAAGUUCAUUCAACAUGGUUGUCGACGAUCAAAUCAUCAUUCCGUGUGAUGUGUAUGGAGAUCCAAAACCAAAGAUCACAUGGCUUUUAGAUGACAAACCAUUUACUGACGGAUAUGUCAAUGAAGAUGGAUCACUGACUAUUGAAAGAGUUCUUGAAGAACAUCGAGGAACAUUCUCUUGUCAUGCUGAAAAUGCAGCUGGAAAUGAUACUCGCACAGUCACACUUACCAUUCACACCACACCAACUAUAAGUGCAGAGAAUUCAGAAAAGACGGCUCUCCAAAAUGAGACAGUCGUAUUAGAAUGUCCAGCCCAAGCACUUCCGCCACCUGUCAGACUUUGGACAUAUGAAGGAGAGAAGAUUGAUGCCUUGUUGAUUCCACACACAGUCCGUGAAGAUGGAGCAUUGGUCCUUCACAAUGUUAAACUGGAAAACACCGGAGUAUUCUCUUGCCAAGUUUCCAAUCUUGCUGGAGAAGAUUCACUAUCAUACACUCUUUCGGUUCAUGAGAAACCAAAGAUUAUCUCGGAAGUUCCAGGAUUUGUUGAUGUUGUCAAAGGAUUUACAAUUGAGAUUCCAUGCAGAGCAACUGGAGUUCCAGAAGUGAUCAGAACUUGGAAUAAGGAUGGCAUCGAUUUGAACAUAGACGGAAAGAAAAUUUCAGUGGAUAAUCAUGGAACUUUGAGAAUUUCUGAAGCCACCAGAGAAGAUAUUGGAAAUUACAAUUGCGUAGUCACUAACCAAGCUGGAAAAAGCGAGAUGACUACUAAUGUAGAUGUCCAGGAACCUCCAGUCAUUUCACCUAGCACUCAAACCAACAACACUGCUGUCGUGGGAGACCGUGUCGAACUGAAGUGUUAUGUGGAGGCGUCACCAGCAGCAACAGUCACUUGGUUCAGAAGAGGAAUUGCAAUUGGAAGUGGAACGAAAGGAUAUACUGUUGAACCAGAUGGAACACUUGUUAUCCAAAGUGCAACUGUUGAGGACGCAACUAUCUACACCUGCAAGGCCUCAAAUCCUGCUGGAGUAGCUGAAGCUAAUCUUCAAGUCACUGUCAUUGCAUCUCCGGAUAUCAAGGAUCAAAAUGUGGUUACACAGGAAUCUGUCAAGGAAUCUCAUCCAUUCUCGUUGUAUUGUCCAGUGUUCAGCAACCCACUGCCACAGAUUACGUGGUACCUGAACGAUAAACCACUCAGCAACGACAACACUUCAUUAAAAGUUUCGGAUGACAAACGUAAACUUCAUGUGUAUAAAGCGAAGAUCGCCGACUCAGGAGUCUACAAAUGUGUUGCUCGAAACGCUGCCGGUGAGGGAAGCAAGUCGUUCCAAGUAGAAGUUAUUGUUCCACUCAAUAUUGACGAGUCGAAAUACAAGAAGAAGGUGUUCGCCAAAGAAGGAGAGGCAGUUACUCUCGGUUGUCCAGUCUCUGGAUACCCAACUCCGAAGAUUGACUGGGUUAUUGACGGAACCAUCGUAAAGCCAGGAAAAGAGUACAAAGGAGCAAGAUUGUCGGAUGAUGGACUAACGCUGUAUUUCGAUGGUGUUAGUGUGAAACAUGAAGGCAACUACCAUUGUGUUGCACAGAGCAAAGGAAGCACUUUGGACGUCGAUGUGGAGCUAUCAGUUUUGGCUGUACCAAUUGUCGGAGAAGAUGAAUCAUUGGAAGUUUCACUUGAUAAGGAUAUCUCUCUUUCUUGUGACUUGUUGACGGAAUCUGAUGACAAAACUACUUUUGUCUGGUCUAUUAACAAUGUUGAAGAUGAACGCCCAGAAAAUGUCCGAGUUCCGACCGAUGGACAUCGUCUUUACAUUACUAACGCCAGACCGGAAAAUCGUGCCGAGUACACUUGCAGAGUCACGAAUUCUGCUGGAAAAGCUGAGAAAACCAUAACAUUGGAUGUCUUGGAACCACCUGUGUUUGUUGAAUCUGAAUAUGAUGGAAACCUAAAACUUAUUGGUGAUAACCCGAUUAUUCUUGGUUGCGAAGCUACAGGAAAUCCGAAACCAGAAAUCACAUGGAAAAUGGAUGGAAAAGAAGUGGACAAAAACUGGCAAUUCGAUGAAUCUCAUUUGAGAGUCGAGAAGCUUACUGGCAAGGCUGCUCAGAUAACAUGCUUGGCACAAAACAAAGCAGGCACCACUUCUCGCGAUUUCUUCAUUCAGAAUAUUCCUGCGCCGACAUUCAAAGAUGAUCGGAAAGUUAGCACUACAUUCCGUGAAACCGAAACCAUCAUUUUGGAUUGUCCAGUGUCUCUUGGAGAUUUUGAAAUCACUUGGAUGAAACGAGGAGAAAAGUUGACGGAAAAAGAUGCUAUCUUCACCCUUGAAAACACUCGUCUGUCAAUUCUCAACGCUGCCCGUUACCACGAAGAUGUGUACACAUGUGUUGCAAAUAACACCGCUGGUCAAGUCUCCAAAGAAUUCGAUGUUGUUGUCCAAGUUCUUCCAAAGAUCAGAAACGUGCUUCAAACUUUGGAACCAAAUGAAGGUGACGAUAUUCUGAUCAAUUGUGAAGCUGAAGGAAAUCCACAACCUUCUGCAAGAUGGGACUUCAACCAAAAGGAACUUCCCGAAACAGCAGUUCAAGUGAACAGCAAUCAUUCAAUCGUGAUUUCCGGAGUAACCAAAGAUCACAGUGGAGUUUACAAGUGCUACGCUACAAACGAAAUCGGCCAAGCUGUAAAGACAGUUAAUGUUCAUGUCAAAACCAAACCGAGAUUCGAGUCUGGACAGAAUACUGAAGAUGCCACUGUCAACCUGACAAGAUCUGUCACUUUGGAAUGUGAUACUGAUGAUGCGAUCGGAAUUGUGAUUACCUGGACUGUACACGGUAAACCAUUCUUGGCAGAAACUGAGGGCAUUCAGUUGUUGGCUGGUGGAAGAUUCCUUCAUAUCGUUUCCGCUAAAGUCGAAGACCAUGGAGCAUACGCUUGUACAGUGACCAACGACGCUGGAGUUGCUACAAAGAAUUUCAAUCUUGCCGUUCAAGUCCCACCAACUAUUGUGAACGAAGGCGGUGAAUAUACAGUUAUUGAGAACAACUCACUUGUUCUUCCCUGUGAAGUUACCGGAAAACCGAAUCCAGUCGUCACUUGGACUAAGGAUGGAAAACCGUUAGGAGAUUUGAAAUCUGUGCAAGUACUUUCUGAAGGACAACAAUUCAAGAUAGUGCACGCUGAAAUAGCUCACAAAGGAUCAUACAUCUGCAUGGCUAAGAAUGAUGUUGGAACCGCUGAAAUCAGUUUUGAUGUUGAUAUCAUUACUCGUCCAAUGAUCCAGAAGGGUAUUAAGAAUACUAUCACAGUGGUGAAAGGAAAUACAGCAACGCUGAAAUGUCCUAUUGAUGAUGACAAAAACUUUAAAGGACAAAUCAUCUGGUUGCAUGACUAUAUACCGAUCGAUUUUGCGGAAACUGGGGAAAGGAUCACUCAUGUGUCCAACGAUCGUCGUAUUGCUAUUCACAACUCUACCGAAAGUGACGAAGGAGCUUACAGUUGUCGUGUGAAGAAUGAUGCCGGAGAAAAUAGUUUCGAUUUCAAACUUGCUGUCUAUGUGCCACCUAAAAUUGUCAUGUUGGAUAAGGACAAGAAUAGAACAAUUGUUGAAAACAACAGUGUCACUCUUUCUUGUCCUGCUACAGGAAAACCAGAGCCUGAGAUUACUUGGUUCAAGGAUGGAGAGACAAUUCAUGCAGAUAAUAUCCAAAAUAUUAUCCCACAUGGAGAACUUAUUGGAAAUGAACUCAAAAUCACCAGAAUUUUACAAGAUGAUGCCGGAAGAUACACUUGUGAAGCUGACAAUGUCGCUGGUAGUGCUGAACAGGAUGUUAUCGUUAAUGUUAUGACUGUUCCACGAAUCGAAAAGUAUGGAAUUCCAUCCGACUAUGACUAUAAACAGAACGAACGUGUAGUGAUCUCCUGCCCAGUAUAUGCAAAACCACAAGCCAAAAUAACGUGGCUUAAAGCAGGAAAACCAUUGGAAUCAGACAAAUUUGUUAAGACGAGUGCUAAUGGACAAAAGCUCUACUUGUUCAAACUUCGCGAAUCCGACUCCAGCAAGUAUACUUGUAUGGCUACAAACGACGCUGGAUCUGAUAAGAGAGACUUCAAAGUCAGCAUGCUGGUGGCUCCCUCGUUCGAUGAACCAAACAUUGUCCAUCGUAACACUGUCAAUGCUGGAACUCAUACUACUCUCCAUUGCCCAGCCAGAGGAAGUCCGACCCCUACAAUUACAUGGCUCAAAGACGGUAUCGCUAUCGAACCAAGUUCAAGAUAUGUGUACUUUGAUAGCGGCAGACAACUCCAAAUCAGUUCAGCAGAAGGAUCAGAUCAAGGAAGAUACACUUGUAUUGCUACCAACUCCGUGGGAUCUGACGAUUUAGAAAACACUCUGGAAGUUAUCAUCCCACCGGUUAUCAAGGGAGACCCUCGUGAAACUAUCAAUGUCAUUGAAGGGUUUGCUUCUGAUCUUCUUUGCGAGAGCAACCAUACCGACGUGGAAGUUGAGUGGCAAAAGGAUGGAUUGACUAUCAACAAGGAAUCUUUGCGUGGCGAUAGUUUUAUCCAAAUUCCGUCUUCUGGAAAAAAGAUCAGUUUCCUCUCUCCCAAAAAGUCAGACUCUGGAAAAUACACUUGUAUUAUGAGAAAUCCUGCUGGAGAAGCAAGAAAAGUGUACGAUUUCACAGUGAAUGACCCACCAUCCAUCAGUGACGAGCUCUCAUCAAACACUGUAUUGACUAUGAUUUCAAAUGCAGUGCUGGAAAUCAAUUGUGUUGUUUCUGGAUCUCCACAUCCAAAGGUUACAUGGUUCUUCAACAACGAGCCAAUCGACGCUAGCGAGCAUCAUGAGUUUAAGAACAAUGGUGAAUCUCUCCGUAUCAUUGAUUCAAAGGAAUCACAUGCUGGAACUUAUACUUGUGCCGCUGAAAAUUCGGUUGGAGAAGCCAAAAAAGACUUUUAUGUUAGAGUCACUGCUCCACCAACUUUUGAUUCCCAGCUUGAAACAUAUGUGGUUAAAACUGGAGAUUCUGUUUUCCUCAAAUGUCUUGCCAAAUCAACGACUCCAAUAACAAAUGUUCAAUGGACAGCUAACAACGUUGAUUUGGAGAUGAAUCCAACAGACUACAAAUAUUCAACAACCGACAAAACGAUGAAUGUGACCAACAUUCAAUUGUCGGAUGAUGGUUUGUACAUCUGUACUGUUGAGAAUGAUGCUGGACCAACAUCGAAAUCUUUCAAAAUUAGUGUCAUCGAACCUCCACGUUUCCUGGAUCUUCAGGAAAAAUACCCGAUUAUUGUUGGAAAUCGUAUGGCAAUCGAUUGCUCAGCAAUUGGAACACCUAAACCAACAGUUCUAUGGAUGAAAGUGAGUCACUUGGCAGUUUAA